AACUCUCAGCACUGUGAACAACACUACUUUCGGUAGAGAAGAACCUCCGGCGGGCUAUGGCGAUCUUCACCACCAGGCGUACCCUAAACUCUCUUUUCUCUCGCCUCCUAUCAUCAUCAUCAUCUUCAAUCUCUUCCCGUUCUCGAUUUGCUCUCCCACUUCUCGACCACCACUAUCAAUCUCCCCAACUCGCUCCUCGGAUUCCUGUUCGACUCAAAACUUCCGGAUCGGGUUAUUCGCCUUUGAACGAUCCUUCACCGAACUGGAGCAACCGUCCGCCAAAGGAGACAAUUUUGCUUGAUGGCUGCGAUUAUGAGCAUUGGCUUAUAGUUAUGGAGUUCCCCACCGACCCUAAACCCUCCGAAGAUGAAAUGAUCAAUUCUUACGUCAAAACCCUAGCUUCUGUUCUUGGAAGUGAGGAGGAAGCAAAGAAGAAGAUAUACUCUGUUUCAACGACAACUUAUACCGGAUUUGGUGCUUUGAUAUCUGAGGAGCUAUCGUAUAAAGUCAAAGGUCUACCUGGCGUUCUUUGGGUUUUGCCCGAUUCAUAUCUUGAUGUUCCCAACAAAGAUUACGGAGGAGAUCUGUUUAUUGAUGGGAAAGUCAUACCGCGGCCUCAGUACAGGUUCACCGAUAGGCAACAAAACAGUAGGCCACGUGCAAGACCUCGAUACGACAAACGUCGUGAAACAAUGCAGACUAUACGUAGAGUGCCAAAUGAAGGACAGAAUUGGGUCAGGGAUCAGAGAGACGCUGUCACGCAACCAACGGCAGGUGGAGGGUUCCCCCAAAACCAAGACGGUUCGCAACGGUCGAGCAGCUGAUGGUCCAUGAGCCACUGGCAUGUUCAGAUAAUUUAGAUAAGUUCAGUAAGUGAAUCUUUUUAGUGAUGUUUGCUUGUUUUGCAUAUGGCGAAUCCACAUUAUAGAUGUAAUGAAGAACUUUAUUUAUAUUUUGGUUGUAAUUACUCGUGAAUUACCCGUGCUCGUAAUCCAACCUCAUGCAAUUCGGUUUUAAA